CAACCCCCUGACAGCGGGUGGUAUCCUGGUAAAACGCACGUGAAAGUCCUGUUCCUCAAAAGCCGACGUCACUUUAUACCUUCAUACGAAUGGAAGGGUUUCUGCUUCGCUCCAUCUGCCAUCCAACUGGCCAAUCUCGGCCAUUGCUAGGGGUAUGGCAUUGUCCAAGGAUGCGCCGACGGUCCUCCUCGGGGCCGCCGUUAUUCUGAUACUUGUCCGGGUACUUCUGGGGAGUGGAGAGAAGAUCCAAAGACACGGCAAGCGACUGAGAAAGGCCCCCGAUACGCUCCCUCUGGCGGGCAAUGGCCUCGUGUUCUUGCAAGCCCGCCAGAAACUGUUCUCAUGGUUUGUCAAGUGCGAACGCCAAACGGGAUAUGAGACACUAGAGAUAUCCGUGCCGACCCUUCCACCGGGCGUAAUCAUUAAUGACCCGCGCAACCUGGACUUUGUCUUCAAGAACGAGGGACUCUUCGGUAAAGGGCGUUUUGUAAAGCAGCGGUCAUGGGACCUCUUCGGACACGGUAUCAUAAACGUGGACGGUGAACUAUGGAAGGCCCAGCGGAAAGCCGGCCUAGCCUUCCUAAAUACGGCCACCCUUCGAGUAUUGACCGAUGUUGCACUGCCCCAAUACCUUUCGCAGAGCAUCGAGCAUCUCGAAGAAAAAGAAGCAGACGGAAGUAUCGUUGAUCUACAACAUGUAUUUCACGAGAUCACCACUCAACUAAUGGGGAAGAUGGCGUACAAUAUGGAGAUGCACGCUGACGACGACUUCACAAGCUCCUUCGACUACGCAUCCGGAGCAACAGCCGAGCGCUUCCAGAACCCGCUCUGGUUCAUCACCGAGAUCUUCCUCGGCUCCAAAUUCAGGAAGUCGGUCAGGCUAGUCAAGAGCUUUGGCAAGCGCAUCGUCUCCCGCGCAGUAGCCGAUCGCCAGACAGCCGAGGAGGAAGAGAAGAAGGCUGACAACACCGCCCAACCGCAUACCGCCGCAGCCGACCUCGACCGCGUCUCCGGCAGUCUGGUGCAGUCCCUUCUCGAGGCCAUCGGCGACGAGCAGAUCGUUGCCGACGCCGCGCUGAACUACCUCUCCGCCGGGCGCGACACCACGGCGCAGGCGCUAACCUGGACCUUCCACCUCCUUACCCAGCACCCCUCCGUAGCCGACAAGAUCCGCAGCGAGGUCCAAGACGUCCUCGCCGGCGCCGCCCACCGCGCCGAGCACUCCCCAACCUCCCCCUCCCCCCGCCGCCGCGACCUCGACACCACCCUCUUCACCCCAUCCGCAAUGCCCUACACCCACGCCGUCUUCAACGAGUCCCUCCGCCUCUACCCCCCCGUCCCCUUCGAGAUAAAGCAGUGCGCCCGCCCCGCCACCCUCCCGGACGGCACCCGCCUGCCCGCCGGCUCCGUCGUCGUCUGGUGUCCUUGGGCCAUGAACCGCUCCCGCACGACCUGGGGCCCGGACGCGGACUCGUUCCGCCCGGAGCGCUGGCUUGCCCCGGCGCCAGCUGCCGCUUCUCAGGACAGCUCCGGCGACGGGGGGCCGCGGCGACGACGACAGGCCGUCGUCAACCGCCCCGUCGCAGAGUUCCCCGUCUUCAAUGGCGGGCCGAGGCUGUGCCUGGGCAAGAAGAUGGCGGAGCUGGUCGCCGUGCAGGUUGUCGCAGCCGUGGCGUGGCUGUUCGAGUUCACGCCAGCCGGCGACGGUGGUCCGGGCGAGGAGAGGGUCAGCAAGAGUAGCUUGACGUUGCCGAUGGAGGGUGGCUUGCCGAUCUAUGUCAAGCAGAGAUGAUGUGUAGUACAGUAUCGUCUCGGGAGGCCGGCUUACGACAAGGACAGGGUUCCUGCCUCUCAUACCAUGCUUGACACAUAUGGUACCUCAGGGUGGCUAGAUAUCAAUGACAGGCACGGGAAGGAGGACGUUGCUUGAAUGGCGCCAAACGGGCCCUAUUAUUCUUAUCUGCAAAUUGCUCUUCUGCUGGUUUCGAGUGACCCAAAUCAUGACCAC